AUGCUUUUUGAUUAUCCCAAUCGCAUCACCAAAGCAUACACAUACUUAGUGGUCUUGAAUUUUGAGAGCGAUAUCGGAAGAUCACGUUACUCAGUCAUUUUCAAGCCGCCCAGCAUGAGCGAUCAACAGAAUCCCGCACCUCUCAAGGAUCCAUCGAAUAAGGAGUCGACUCUCAACGCUCCUGGCAACCAAAAUCCAUCGAUUGCCAGGCUCGCGAGGUCUUGGGGCCCUUACACACCUCCCGACAUGAGCUACUGCGCUCUAGAGCACGAUGACCCAGUCUUGCUGGAGAAUAUCAAGAUGCUCAAAGAACUCACGUCUGAGUGCGACGAAGAUCCUACCAACCUCCUCGACGUUGUGAUGAGAGUUCCACCUAGGCUGAGCAAGUCGAUUGUUUACCUGACGGUUGGGCUCCUUCAACACCAAAAGCUGGUCGAAAAUUUACUCAUGGUGACCGAGCUGCGUGCUAAGAAUGAUGCUGGGCCCAUCAGAAACACAAAGAACGGCCAGAACGUGAAGAAGGGGAAGAAGACAAAGACAAAGACUAGAAAGUUGGCCGACAUCAAGGAGGACAACGAGGACGAUGAGAAUGGUGGUUCCAUGGCUCCCAAGGGUCUAGAGAAGAAUGACCAGAAGAACGAAACAAAGGACAACAUGAGCAAAGCUUUUGGCCCCGCCGAGAGCAAUACUGUGGCCAACACCAAUCAUUUGGCGGUACCCAAGAGCAAAAGGAAGAAGGCGAAGAAGCAGAAGGCCGGCAACGCCAUUGGGAUUGCUGAGAGUAAUUCACAGCUCAACACCGACCAGCGAGCAGCCUCCUUGAAUACGAAGACCACGGCAAAGCAUAAGAGUAGCAGAGGCUCCGGGACUAUUGAGAGUAACGCUGGAGCAAUCACCAAAAAGUCGACAGUCUCUAAGGGCAAGAAAGUCAAGGCAAAGGAGAACAUUGACAACAAUUCCAAGACCGUGAAGAACCACCCAGGAGCCAAUAUCAAACAGCAAGCAAUACCCAAGAACAAGAACAAGAUGGCUAAGACCAACAAGAAAGACAGUGCGGCGGAAAGCCAUGAGCAAGCUAAGAAGACGCAGCCCAAGAGUGCCCCAGAGUCGUCAAACGCGCAGAACAACAAUAAGGUCGAGAGUUCCCCCAAGCCCGACGAGGGUGAGAAGAAGGCAAAUGUCAGCGAGACAACCGAUGGCGGAUUCUUCUCCGUCCUUGAGAUCGAGUGCAUGAAGAAAAUUCAGGGUCGCAUUGAACGCGGGAUCAGAGAUUGCCAGGAAGUGUGGACUGUGGUGCAAAAAAUGGAGGAGGCGGCAGAGUCGGAGUGGGCCAAAGCCAGAAAGAUGCAAACCCAAGAACAGGCGGAGUGCUCCGCUGAGGGCGGAGAGCGGAAUUUGGAUGAGGAGAGUGACACAGUCUGGGUGAACAGCCUGAGAGGGGACGAGAGGGCGAUAUCCCAUCAUUCUCUCACUCUUGGCCACUUUGGCAUCACAGACAAUCGCCCAAAAUCACAGUCAAGACAAAUCAAAGCCAUGUCUGACUCUACUUCGAACUCUUCUUUGGAUUCUGCUUCGGACUCGGCCUCGGAGUCUGCCUCUGACAGCGACGGUCCUCAGUUGCCAUUCCGCAGCAGCCGCAGCGCCGCGAGACGCAGACGCAGAGCCCGUCAGGUAUGCCCUUCCCAAUCCUCAUCCUUUCCCUGCCUCGCUGUAUCUCCAGAGAUGCAAGAACGGCGUCUCUAUGAAGCCGAUCUCCCUGAUCAUGACGAUGAUGACUCUGAUGAUGGCUCUGCAAGCGAGUCUUCGGUGCAGUGGGCUACGACCCUUUACGCCACUCCCGAGCAGCUGAGAAACCUGCCUCCUCUUCCUCUCAAUAACUCGAACUACAUGGCCGACAAUGCUUCGAUCUCUCAUCCCGUUAACCCUGUCCCGGACUCUCCUAUCCUUACAGAGUCUACAUCGGAAGAUUCUGAGACUGGCCUUAGCAACGCUGUCUUCGAUGAUUCUGACAUCGAUGAGGCUGCUUCCGACAUCUCUGAGGAUAGUCUCGCCGAUGUCGUCCCCGAUCCCCGUGUUCUCGAAGCGAUUGCCCCUGCGGGUUCUGAGCGAAACCCCAUCGUGAUCAAGAGCGCUCGCAUCAUCACCAGAAUGAGAGCCAGAAUUGCGGAGAACCCUGCCACCGCCAUUCAAGAGCGCCGAAACGCCAUUGAGACCAUCGGCGAGAUCUUUCCGUUGCGCUCACUGACUUAUGGUGGUGGCCUUUUCACUCCGUUCCAGCCCCUUGGCGUGUGGCAUGAAGACAUUCUUCUUAGCGACAUAAGCGCCUCAUUGGCACUGGAGCUGGCUUUCAGCCGUCUGGUCGAGUGGUCCGAUACCGUCAGGGCCCUCAGGGAUCUAACGCGACAACUCACUGAAGAGGUCAGUGACGAGGAGUACAUCACUGCCGAGGAGUUCCUCACUGACGAGGAAGACUACGACAUUAACAACACUAUCCUUAGCCCUCGCGAGCUGCGCAUCGAGAUCGUCGAGUUCGUAGCCAGGGAAGUGGGCUUCAUUGUUGCCUCGACUUACAUCAACCGCUACCACCUAUAUCUCCUGGAGACCCUCUCCUAUCGCCCCCAUCUUAUCAUCGCGACGCUGUGUUGGGCAACUGCAUUGGCUUUGUUGUUCUACUUGUUCUUUGCUGGGUUAUCGGAAGGCAUGUUCGGAAUUGGAAAGCCACCUGGCUUUCUUAGGGCAAAUGUUACACAAGAGCUACCCACAGACCACAUCUCACUCAUUCCGACCAUGUGUGGGCAGAGCAUAAUCCGAGACCAUAGUUCUCAACUCGGCUGCAACACUUUAUGUUUGACCUUUUCAGACCGCGCCAGCCAUCAGAGACAGAGGUUCAAAUGA